GGGGCGUCGCCGUGGAGCCUGGCGAGUCGAAGGAACGAGCGUGGGCGCCGCCGCCGCCGCUCACUGACGCUGGGCACCGGGCAGCGUCAUUGUAUCGCAAGCCGCAGAAGCUCAACGGAGAGUGACAAGUACAGGAGCACUUCCUCCGCGUCGUAUAUCUGUCGACGUACGCUGGGCGGUAGGCGUCCAUGUUUAAGAAACAGCCGCUGAGGGAGGAGGAGGAGUGAUGCGGCGAAUUGCGUCGAGGGUCAACGAGAGCAUCCAAGCAAUAAGAACAAUCCCAAGAACGCUUUUCACCUGGUCACGUCGAUUAGAAAAUAGCAAACGAUGAACGCUAAACAUGGAAUUUCAAAGUGCACAUUUCUUCGACGAUAAACGACUUCAAUGAUGACGACGAUGAUGAUGAUGCCACCUGCCGUGACCAUCAGCAACUAAAAGGAGGACGUUGGGCGUGCUCCUGUGUGCCUUUUGGGACGACCAAGAUCUCAAGAUUGGAUUCAAGCUGGUGUGUGCCGUCCAGGCCGGUGUUGUCAGAGGUGUCUACUGCUUCAGACUACUGUGACUCGGUCACCGAAUGGAAACCGAAGGUGUUGAUGCGUGUGCCGCAUAUCGGCAAAUUCGCCCACGGCGCGUGUGAGCUGCUAGCCGGAGCGACGGAACAUACGACUAAGCAUGGAGCAGGAAGCUAGCCUAAACGCAGAGGAGCGCUUGCGAAUCAACCGCCCCCCCAGCAGGCAGCCUGAACCGCAAAUAAGCACUCGUGAAGCCACAGCUGACGGAAGCCCGGCAGGCCCCAGCCUGCCAAGAGGCGGCAGCGACCCCUCUUCCGCUUAUCAGAAGAUCGUGCGUCAGAGAUUCAUCAGGAGAAGCCUGUGGUUCUCGGACGCGGACGAGCAGGCCUCGGAGGCGCCCGAAUGUGACGGCCGACUCCUGAACGUGACCCCACCAACGGUCGCCGGCAGGAUGCCAGGCGCCAGCGGCGGAAUACGGGAGGACUCUGGCGCCGAGACUCGAGUUGGGCCAAAAGAAGAAAAUGGCAGAGGUGACGAGGAGAAGGGCAAAAGCGGAGGAGAUGCGCUGAACGCCACGUGCAGCGAUGGCGGUAAAAGCGCCAUCAAGGCAGCCAGCGAGGAGACGGAGGAAGAGGCGGAGAUGAAGGCCGUCGCCACCUCUCCGGGAGGACGCUUCCUUAAAUUUGACAUUGAGCUCGGGCGGGGCUCCUUUAAGACCGUCUACAAGGGUCUGGACACGGAAACCUGGGUGGAGGUUGCCUGGUGUGAGCUGCAGGAUCGUAAGCUGUCAAAAGUGGAACGUCAGCGCUUCAAGGAAGAAGCUGAGAUGUUAAAAGGUCUCCAACAUCCAAACAUUGUCCGCUUUUACGACUUUUGGGAGUCGCCGCUUAAAGGAAAGAAGUGCAUCGUUUUGGUUACGGAGCUUAUGACAUCGGGGACGUUAAAAACCUAUCUGAAGCGGUUCAAGGUGAUGAAGCCCAAGGUGCUAAGAAGCUGGUGUAGACAGAUCCUGAAAGGCCUUCACUUUCUCCACACCAGAACCCCUCCCAUAAUCCACAGGGACCUCAAGUGCGAUAACAUUUUCAUCACUGGCCCUACGGGCUCGGUCAAGAUUGGCGAUUUGGGGCUGGCCACGCUGAAAGCUGCCUCUUUUGCAAAAAGUGUCAUAGGCACUCCGGAGUUCAUGGCCCCGGAAAUGUACGAGGAGCACUACGAUGAAGCUGUGGACGUCUACGCCUUUGGCAUGUGUAUGCUCGAAAUGGCCACCUCCGAAUAUCCCUACUCGGAAUGUCAGAAUGCUGCGCAGAUUUAUCGCAAAGUCACAAGUGGUGUCAAGCCAGCCAGUUACAACAAGGUUAUGGAUCCUGAAAUCAAAGAGAUUAUCGGGGAGUGCAUCUGCCAAAAGAGAGAAGAGCGAUACGCCAUCAAAGACCUCUUGAACCACGCCUUCUUUGCCGAGGACACGGGCGUGAGGGUGGAGCUGGCGGAGGAGGACGACGGGCAAAAGACCUCCAUCGCCCUCAAACUGUGGGUGGAGGACCACAAGAAAUUGAAAGGCAAAUAUAAGGAGAGUGGGGCUAUCGAGUUCACCUUUGACCUGGAGAAGGAAGUCCCCGAGGUGGUGGCACAAGAGAUGGUGGACUCUGGAUUUUUCCACGACAGCGAUGUGAAGACCGUAGGGAAAUCCAUUCGGGACCGCGUGGCACUGAUCAAAUGGAGAAGAGAAAGAACGGCAUCGGCUACUCAUCAAGUGGAUGGCGGCCAUGCGUUCCAGCAGGCAUCUUGUCAGGGUGCGCCUUCUCGGGACGUGCACGCAGGUCAACCUUCUUUGCUGGAGCCGCAAGCCGACAUCGAGCAGCACAACCAACCUCGGACCCUGCCGGCCAGUUUCACCUCAGUCACAUCAGACAGCACUUUUGACAGUGGCAAGGGCUCCACUGUUUACUCCGACUCCCACAGCAGCCAGCAGAGUGUCCUCUACCAGUCCCUGCUGGAGCCCAUCACCAUGGCAACACAGCAGUGGCAGCCAGGUAAAGCUUUUCCGGCAGAUCGACCUCACUCCUGUGAAACGGCCAAAGAAUGCGGGGCCACGCUGAGCCCGGAACGUGGUACUUGUUGUGGCCGCAGAGGAAGCGCUCCCAUUAUAGACGCUUAUGAUCUUGAGCCCCUAGCUCAACUCGACGCCUCCAAACUCUCUCUGAGAUCCGUCAGCAGUGGAGGGAAACUCCUCUCACCUUCAUCAGACGUGACGCUUCCUGUGACAAGGGUCCGCAGACACUCUGACAUAAAUGGGCUCCUCAAUUUAAUGUGUCAUCACAGCAGCCACCACCGGGGAGUGGUUGGACGUUCUGCGUCUUCUGAUGCACCGCCGCACUGUCCAUGUGCGUCCAAACGCACAGCGUUCUCAGUGGGAACGUUGCCUUGCCCUCCUUUGGGACAUCUGAAAGAUCCAAGCGAUUGUUCAGAUUUGCUCCUGCUGCAAAAGUCCCUGUUCAAUAUUAUCAACCAAAAAGGAGCGCCAGGUCGUGCUGCCUCCGCCCAGCCCGCCUGCGUUCACUUCUCAGCUUCCCACAGGAAUCGCUUUGUUACCGCAGAUGGCAAUUUGAAGAAUCAUCAUCACCUGAAGGCCACUUUGUGUGGGGAAGAUGAAUGUCUUCAUGUCUGCGAGGAUAGAUCCUUUGCAAGACAGCAGCACGUAGCCGCUGCAAUGGGAGUGGCCAGUUCUGUGGGUCACCAGAAUCAAACAGCAGAGCUCCCAUCUCACCAAUACCUCCAGCCCGCUUCGCCCUACGUGUGCCAACCCAGUGCCGCAACCCUAAGUCAGGCCGCUUCAUGCUCAUCCAACACCCAUCCUGCCGCCAGCGACUGCUACCCACCUCCAAGUAUUCCCGCAGGAGCGCAGUGCUACCAGACACAAGGUCAUCAUCGGGAGGCACCGACUUUGAACUGCGUUGCUGCGAUCCAGCAGCAGACUCACACCGUGUCAGGUUAUCAACCGCAGACGGCAGCCGCCGUCACGGCUCUCCCGGCACAGCGGUCGGAACAAAGUUGCCCGCUUACGUGUGCGUCCUCGACGCUGACGGCCGUGGCCAAAUGUCAAUUGUCGCACGCUUGCAGUGGCGGCGCGCUGCUUCCAGAUGGCUCCCAAACUGGUCUGAGCGCUUCUGCAUCGCUACUUAGUAGCCAGCAGAUGCCCGUUCAACUAGAGAACCAACAACGCCUGAGGCAGCAGCCACAAAACGGGCUUCAGACACAGCUGGAGGCGAUGCAGAGCGCACAGCACCAAAUCACGUCACAGCGUCUUCUCCAUUGUCCGAGUCAACAUGAAGCACUAAGCCCCGCUCCCCAGCAGCAAGGCCGGCAGCCCGCACAGACAACCGCGCCGCAAUCCAGUCAAGACGCAUCCCAGUCCGAAGUCCAACAGGACCAGACCGCAAACACAAAGCAACAAUAUUCUCCUGCGAUCUUACCUGAUGUCAGCUUUACACAUUCUGCCGUCAAUGCCGUACCUGCUCAGAGUCCGUACCUGCCUGGGCAGUCGUCUACUACGACCUGCGGAGGAGGUCCCCAUCUCCCACAUGGCCAGGCAACUCACCUGACUCAAAAGAGUGUGCCAUUGGUUAGACAGGAGGGAUCGAACCAGAGCCCCCAUUCAGCAAGCAGUUUCCCAACCCAGACAAUUUGCGUCCAGCAGCCACUGGCUGAGGCAGACGUCCACCAGCGGCUACAGCCGCUGCAGAUUUCAAACUCGCUACCAGCAACAGCAGUAGCAGCAGCAGCACUCUCAUCUCAGUACCCGACUGUCCAGGUGAUGGCCACUGUCACUGACUGUGAAUCCUCCUUCCCUCUCUCACACACUGCCCCUCACUCUUCAGUGUCUUCUUCUACUCUCAACCAUGUCUUCCUUUCUCCGGGUCAUGCUCUCCCUGUGACCCCCUCUGUCACCCCGAUUCUCAUUGAAAAUGUCUUAGUUGCAUCCGUACCAAUAUUGCUCAAGGCUCCCCCUUCACCUGUCUUGGCUCAAAUGCCGCUAAACGCAUCAGCAAAUGCUCAGGUCACCGUUGCUUGGCAGCGAGAUGACGCCCGUUGCUCCGAGCCUACAUUUUCACAUCCCAUUUACACACACGCUGCCCUCUCUUCCAACACACUGCCGCCCACAAAUGGCAGCACUCUCAUGCAGACGUUGAUUGGCAGCCACCCAGAACCUGUCCAGCAGAUGAACCUUCUCACCCAGCCUGCACACUUGUCCACAACUGCGCAGACUACCUCAGACCAGGUUGUCGCUGCUGGCCAAUCGGGGAAGAAGGAAAUUCUGAGCCACGAGUCUCAGAGGACAUUGACAAGUUACGGUCUGACGCAGCAGCAGUUCAGUGUUCCCACAGGAGACGCAGGUCCAGCUGAGGCCAACACAGAUGAUCAGGUUGUGGAAAAACACACUGGUGGACAAAGCUAUGACAGUGUCAACUCUGAUGCCACGUCAGGAAAGGAGAUGAGUGACGGCUAUGAAGGGACACACGGAAGCAAAGGCCAAGGAAGAAUCCGCAAACACCACCGGAGGUCAACACGCACUCGGUCUCGCCAAGAGAAGAUUAGCAGGCCAAAGCUCAGCAUGCUUAACGUAUGCAACACGGGAGAUAAGAUGGUUGAGUGUCAACUGGAAACGCACAAUCACAAAAUGGUCACGUUCAAAUUUGACCUGGAUGGAGACGCGCCUGAAGAGAUCGCAACUUACAUGGUGGAGAACGAUUUUAUCCUACACUUGGAGAAAGAAGUUUUCAUUGAGCAGCUCAAGGACAUCGUAGACAAGGCUGAGGAGUUGUUGAGUGAAGACACAGAGGCGGAGAGAAAUUCCGACCAGAUGAGCAGUCCCGCGGGUGAAGGGGUUGGCGCGAUGCUAGCGGAGGGAAUGAAGUCUUGUGCCCCCAGCACACCACAGCCCGUCUACCAACAAAAUGUGCUUCACACUGGCAAGCGCUGGUUCAUCAUCUGCCCAGUGGCUGAGGUGCCGGUCCAAGAGCAAGACAAGAAGACUCCGUGUCACAGCUCAACUGAUCGGGAAUGUGAAAAUUCAGCUUCACUCUCGGUCGAAGCCGUCACCAACGCACCCGCCGCGUCGACCUCUCUCCCGUCUUCACGAGGCCCCUCGUCCGCGCCGUUGCAGCAUCAAGACCAAAGCGUUUGCCCCGUCCGGCAGCCGCAGUCUCUUAUCAGUCAAGAUAAAAACAGCGCAAAGGGGGCGGGCCUUCCCGUUGAAGAAGCCUGCGUCUCGGCAGUGUCGAUAGUCAGCGACAUCCCGUGCUGUGCUUUCGUACCACCCGUCUCGCUGGAUGUGAAGACUGUGGAUAAGGCGGAGGUUGCACCUUUGGCCGUUCAAACCGGUCAUCAAAAAGCCAGUCCUACCGGCGAGCUCCCCAUACAGCGCGUCGCACACCCGUCGGUGGUCCUGCAGCAACCCUGUCCCGCAACCGCGCCGCCAGCGGCCCCCAUCGCCUCUCAACCUCAAAGUCCCGCCCAUCAGACCUCGGUUCCCUUAGGUCCCGGGGAGUCGGACGGCGAGGGGCCGCGCCGGCUGGAAUUUGCCGAUCGCACUAUCAAGACUUUGGAUGAGAAGUUGAGGAAUCUGCUCUACCAGGAGCAUGCUCCCUCGCAGCCUUCAGGCGCCGCGGCCGACCCGCAAACCGCAGCCACGGAAGCACUCAGCUCAAUGUCAGUCUCGGAUGGCCGUAGCGGCGAGGCGCUGCCGCUCAAGAAACAGGAGGAGCCAGUGAUUCCUGAAAGGCCAGAUUGUGUGGAUGUUUUGGCGGCUGCCGAUAGGAAUUCGAUCAAAGGAGCUGUGACUGUCAGUGCUGCUUCAUGCAAUCUUCAAACAACAACCACGGCACCAACUGUGGAAAAAAGCAAGGGUAGCCUCAACACUUUGUCUGGUUGUUCUCAAGGACCGGAUAGAAAUAAGAAUGACUGCACGACUGCUGGCAGAUCCUCGGCAGAUCCUGAGAGUCCAGCCGCAUCCAGAUCUCAUUAUAGUAACCGCUUCUCUGCCCCGCCAAACUUCUACCAGGCUACCCUCGCGUCCAGCCCGGAUAUCACGCCACGCCAUUUGCCCCGGGCCGUAACCAUCAGCACUCCCAGCCGUCACUGCUCACGUCACUCGGACUCCGCGGAUGAGGACAGCGGCAGCGGCAAAGCUCUUCCAGCGGGGCGCCUCCACGCCCGGGCCGAGCACGGCGGGAGCAAGCUUGUCAAGAGGGCGGUGGAUUUUCUCAAGCGCUCCGGUCGGAGCAAAAGCGAGCAGAGCCCUGAUUCGCUGAGCAAGCAACCACUGGAAAUGAACGGGCACGCUCCUUUGCCUGCGACGGGACAAGCGCCGUCUUCCUACAUCAGUAGUGACAAUGACUCCGAAUUUGAGGAUGCAGACAUGAGAAAAGAACUUCAGAAGCUGAGGGAAAAGCACAUGAAGGAAAUAUCGGAACUGCAGGCAUUUCAGAGAAGUGAAAUUGAGCGUCUGUACCAAGAGGUGGGAAAAUCUCUGCCGCCUAAUGUGGGCCUGCUUCAUGCGGCGCCUCCCUGUGGCCGUCGACGGAGGGCCAGUAAGCACAAAGUCAAGGCUGGCAAAUUGCUCAAUCCGAUGGUGCAGCAGCUCAAAAGCAAUCUCAGCGCCACUGCGGCAGAGAGUUCUGGAAGUUCCUCUGGAUCACCUGCUAAAAGUUCAGCUUUGUCGGACUGCUCCGCUCGCUUCAGCGGCAGCUCCGGCUCCAGCAAUCAGCGCAGCUCAACCCCGGAGCAGGUCCACACCCAGCAACCAUGUUCCUUGAAAGGCUCCUUUUCCUCAGACAACAUUCACGCUGGCCAACACGCUGACGGGACGACGAACUUGACGAGCCAAGGCUGGACGGUUUACCACCAAACGUCAGAGAGAGUCACCUUUAAAUCUAGUAGCAAACCACGCACUAGAUUCCUCAGUGGACCUGUGUCUCUGUCCAUCUGGUCCACACUGAAACGACUAUGUCUAGGCAAAGAGCGCAAUCGUAGGUCGUCUUUCCGCGCCGCAGCUCAGACGCAGCCGUCCCUCGCUUCGGCCACACCCCCGCCGCCCCCGUCGCCUCGGCCCGUCGGUCGGCUCGCCGGGGUCCAGACCAACAACAGCAACAAUAAGAAAAGAUUGUUUACAGAGGACCUGCACAAGUUGGUGGACGACUGGGCCAAGGAAGCCACGGCGGCCCAUCAGCCGCCUCCCUCCUUGAACCAGAUAAAACAACAAAGGCGUUUGCGCGACCUGGAAGGCAAAGUCGAGCGCCCGACAGCAGCGGCCGUGCACAAGAUGAAAUGCCACGCGAGCCCCAGCGGGUCGACAGCCGGGAGAGCGCGGCCGAGUUCGACGAGCGGCCGAGGUCUCGACUCGCCUCUGGCGCUCCACGCCGGGUACCUUCUGUCCCCGGGCUCCUACGGUGGGUUGGGGCCUUAUGCCCAGCGGUGGCCCGUUGGAUCAGCGAGCUCCUUCCCGGCCGUGGCCAAACCUGGAAUCCAAGCCUACAAGUCGGGAAACGGCCUCUGCUCAAAUCCCGCCAGGACUACCUAACUCCGAGGCCGCAGUCUCCACAACGAUGGUGGACGACACCCAUUUGCGCGUGUGUGCAUGUCACGUGUUGCGUACGAAGACUUCAUGCUUCUUGACAAAUGUGCUCAUUUAUCUUUGUCCGUGCACUUUCCAUUUUCUCUGGGCACAUGGUUACACUUUAAACACCGAAUUGGAAUUCAAAUACGUGAAUUUCCGAAACAAAACGGUAUUAACGUUGAUGGAAUGUAGUGCCUUGACCCUUCAACUUAUUCUUCUGUGAGACAUUUAUUUGAUUUAACAGCUCACUGGAGUGAAGUUUUCAAUGCAGCGGGCACUCUUUUUGCUUCUGAAUGCCAUCGUAGCUCUGCGCUAUUAAAACAGCUAAUUCUCUUGUUCGGAUAAUCAAAUGAUAUUGUUUUUCAAACGUUCCUCUGCUGUAUGCCAUAGUGAUGAAACGCACUGCUGCCUUGCAAAGGAAAAAUGAAUUGAGCGAAUGAGGAGGGGAGGAAGUAGGAGGCCAGCAGGUUCUUGUUUCUCUUCUCUCGUUUUCACAGACAACAUAGACAAGAUUUGGUCGUACAGGAUUUUAAUAUUGAGAGGAAUGACCGCAUCCAGAAACGAUGGCUGGGUGAGAAUGUAGCAGAUGGCAUUUGAUAGUUGGAGUCUUUCAAGUGAAAUUGAAUCCUCCUGCAAAGCUUUGAUUGUGGCAUUGCCACCGGCCUUAUCUGAUCGGAAAUAAUGUGAUGUGUGCAGAAGGAGCAAAAAUUGGAAGCAAAGCGUGACACAUUGUACAUAUUGGCCAGUUUAGAUUUGAUCCUUUUUUUUUUCUUUCAUGCUGCUGUCAUGUGAGCCUAUUAUUGACAUGAUUGGAUGGUACCAAAAAGAAAAGUCCUGAAACUGAGCAGCGUUACUGCCUUUGUUUUAUGAAGCAUUUUCCUGUCACCUUUUGCAAACUUGAUAGUCGAAUAUGGGAGAUUUGCACAAGAUAUAGACUCCCAAGCUUGUACUUUAUGUUGACGUGUUUCUUCAUGUGUGCAGCAUCUGUACUGUUCUUACGAAUCACCAAAAAGCACCGACGUUUUCCUCUCCACAAAAGUUGUCCACAAGAAAUGAUUGAAAGGAAUCAGGAACUGGACCCUUCCAAGCUGUGAAUUGUACAGAUUAGUUGUAGUGUAAAACUGUAUAUUUUGUUAAACUUUGUGUGUGUGCGUGCGUGCGCGUGUGUGUUGUAGAGCGGUUGCUUGGAUGUACAGUAUCAAUUCGCUUUGAAUUGGACUUUUCUAAUAAUUUAUGCAGAAUCCUCUUCUUUGGGGAAAUACUUCCAGUUGUAAGAGAUUUCUGUUCUCUGGCAUUUCUAUCUGGGCUCGUUUGCUUUGUUUGAGUUUUCUUUGUGCUGAGAAGAUGACGCCGGUUUAUUGGACAAAUUCAGGUGGUGGCUGGCGCUUCCCCUCCCUGCAUGUUUGUGGCCAACAAACGUGCCCUCACAGCUAAAAUGCUCCCAUGGGAUGUGGAGGUGGGGGGAGGUGUUGGGGGGGGGGGGGGGUCUUACUUGGGUCUGCCACACUGCAUCACUCAUCCUACCUGCUGCACUGUUUGACCGUGUUGAGAGACAAAUAAAUAUUUUCAAUCUGA